AUUUAUAAAGAACAUUUUCUAAUGAGAGAAUUGAGAUAAUAAUAAUAAUUACAUACACGCGUCAUAUAUAUGUGUGCUGGCCAUUUUAGCAAAUAAUUUCAUUUAGAAAGAAAAUAGGGAUGUGCGAACGAUCGAAUUUAUGUUAAUGUGCGAGGGAGUAAUUGCAUCGCUAUUUGGGACAUCGUUUCGUUGUGUCGUUUAAUUCUUAGUAUUGUCAAACCUCUGCAAUGCAAUCUCUUGCCUUUCCGUCUUCGCUAAUGACAGAUAUAAACUUUCGAUGUGUGUUACGUAUAUCAAACAUCUCUUUAAAGAAAUGAUUACUGACGUUUUAGACAAGUAACAGAAGUGUACGUAUGAUUUUCAAAAGAUGGAUUCCAAAGGUGAAACACAAAAUAGCAAUAACACUUUAGAAGUAGCAAGCAUCUCAACAGAUGUAAAUAGUUCUACUGAUACAUUUGAAAGCAAUGUCACCUUAAAAGAUGCUAGUCAUGCAGGGAAUGAUAACAACUUUGUUUGCGAAACUAUGCAAAGUGAAGAAGUGCAAGAACCAAUGGAACUUUCUAUGGGAGGUGAUGUUGAAGUAACAACUGAUAAAUGUGACAAAACUAAUGACACAUUAAAAGAUAUCUUUUGUAAGACUAUUAAUUCGGCAGAUGCAUCAGAAGCAACUACUUCACAAGAAAGUAGUCUAUCUUCUUCUGUUAACGAAUCAAAUGUAUUGCAUACAGAACAGGCUAAGGCUAAAAGAAGUAUUUCAAAAGGUCAAGUACGUGCCAAUAGUGCAUCGAUGGAAAAGUCGGACGACAGUUCAGAUGAAGAUUCGAAUAAACGUCAGAAGUUAAAUAAAUGUGUACAAGAUAUUGAGGGAGAAAAUAUAAACGAUGACACAGUACCAUUUCAGAAAACUAAAUCAAAAGUGAAACAACGAAAUUAUCGUAAGAGACGAAAUAUAACAAGUGAUAAUGAAGACAGUUCUGGGAAUACUUUGUCAAACGAGGCAGCAAGGGAAGCUUCCAUACUUGAUACAGAUGAAGAAAAUGUUGCAUCUGCCAGUACUAGAAAUGAAUCAUCUGCUCAUAAUAAACCAUCAAAUAAAAGUUCGGGAACUCGCAGAGCAAGAUCAGAAACGCGCGAUGAUGGAGCUGAUAGAUAUAAAGAUGAAAGAGGUGAUUCAAAUGAAUGGAUAGCAGCUAAUGAGGAUGAAUGGGAUGAAGAAGAAGAACAUGAGGAAGAGACACCUCGUUGCCUAAAAAUAGAGAAACCACCACCGAAUUGGUGCGUAGUACCGGAAAUUAUAAACCGCCAAAUAGGUAGCAAUUCACUGUUCCAAAGAAGAUUUUACGGUUCUUUACAUACAGUAGAACGGCUCAAAGUUAUGUACAAUCUUAAUGAACAUCAGGGUUGCGUAAAUGCCUUAAACUUUAAUGAGAAGGGAAAUUUAUUAGCGAGUGCCUCUGACGAUUUAGCAGUUAUUAUUUGGGAUUGGGCUAGAGGAAAAAAACGUCAUUGGUUUAUGAGUGGACAUACGAGAAAUGUGUUUCAAGCUAAGUGGUUACCAUUGGACAUGGAGUACCUCAUGGUCACCUGUGCCCGAGAUGGUCAGGUACGUUUAUUGGAUCUUGAACAUAAUACAUCAAAGAGACUGGCAGCACAUCGUGGACCAUCGCAUAAAUUAGCUGUGCAUCCUGAAACACCUCAUCUAGUCUUUUCUGCUGGAGAAGAUGCAAAAGUAUUCUCCAUAGAUGUCCGAGAGAGCAAACCAAGCAGAUUGCUUGUAGUAAAAGAAGGUUCAUCAGAAGUUCAACUAUAUAGUAUACAUUCUAAUCCUUUUAAUAGCAAUGAAUUUUGCGUUGGGGGCCGUUCUCAUUAUGUGAGAGUGUAUGAUCGACGAAAAGUUUCGACGCCACUUUAUAAAUUAUGCCCUGAUCACUUGACGGGGAAUAAACACGCGCAUGUAACGUGUGCUGUAUAUAAUCAUAAUGGAACUGAAAUUCUCGCAUCAUAUAAUGAUGAAGAUAUAUAUCUAUUUGAUAGAUUAUUGUCACCGCGGGUAGAUUACGCUCAUAGAUAUCAAGGUCAUAGAAAUAGUGCAACAGUAAAAGGUGUUAAUUUCUUUGGACCCAAAAGUGAAUAUGUUAUAUCUGGAUCUGAUUGUGGUAACAUAUUUAUUUGGGACAAAAAUACAGAAGCGGUUGUACAAUGGAUGAAUGGGGAUAAACAAGGAGUUGUAAAUUGUUUAGAAGGACACCCUCAUAUUCCCAUUCUUGCAACAAGUGGAUUAGAUUAUGAUGUUAAAAUAUGGGUGCCUUCACACAGUGAACCACCAAUAAUGGAAUCAUUGAGUGAUUGUGUUAUAUCCAAUAUGAAAAAUAGAAAGCAAGAAAAUACGCCUGAUACAUUUGAUGGGCAAUUAUUUUGGAUUUUACUGAGACAUAUCCGUCACAGAGAAAGAAUACGUCAUCUCUAUACGCGUCAUGGAGUUGAAGAUCCGAAUCGGGAUGACGAUGAUGAUGAGGACGACGACGACGACGACGAUGAUUUACAUUUUCAUGACUCUUCUCAUGAUAAUUCAUCUGAAAAUACUGAUAGUCAAUCAGAAAGUGGCGAUGUUGGAAGAAUACAAUGUCCUCAAUCUUAGAAAUGCUGCUUAAGUAAUACAAUUAUGAUGGAAGUUAUAUAGCGUUCAAAGUAUUCACUAUUAACCAUUUCAAUUAUAAUAAAUUUUAUUAAAAGUGAUUGUAUCAAUAGCGUUAUAUAGCAGAGUGUAUAAAAAGAACGAUAUUGCAGUGUAUCAAAAACAAAUCCACAUUCUAUAAAUCUUUUCUAUCAACUGGAAAUAAUUAAUAGUAAACAUACUUCAGCAGUUUACGAUUAUCAUAAUUUUUGAACAUAUAUCGAAUGCAAAGACUGUAUGAGAUAAUUGAAGAAAAAGCAAUGUAGGAUUUUAUAAUAGCUGUGCAAGAUACAAUUAUAAAACCAUGUAGAAAGAGUGUAUAAAUUUACAAGUAUUUUGUUAUCAUUAA